UAAAAGUGCCUCGCCUCUGGUCUCACGUUAGUAGGUUUGCGCUUUAUUAACCCGUUUUCGUGAAACGGAACAAACCGUGCAAUCGAACGUGAUAAAACGACUCGAAACCCAGUUGUGAUUGAUGCCAACAUGUGAUUGCACAUCGAGUUUUCGUGGUUACAUCGAUACAGAAAUCGGCGUGUUCAUCAGAAUGGCUAUACGUCUUCAAGAAGUAAUGCGAUCAGAAGUGGAGGGUGGCCUUGCUGGUCCAGCUAAUCCGAUACCGAGUCAGUCGAUAGAUUGCGGUUGUGGACUACUACCAUGUCCGAAAUUAGCAAAAUUUGCAACUCGCCGACUUUUCGUUGGCUUGCUCUCGUGGGUUGGCUUGAUUCAGGCCGCUGCUUACGCGUAUCUUUUCAUAGUAGGACCUACGAUCGGAAGAAGAUUUCAAUUUGAUCCUUAUGUAAUGGAAUGGGUACUUAUAAUAUCUGAUUUGACGCCUUUCCUUCUUGGAGUAGUCGUUGCAUAUUGGGGUGAUAGAAUUCACAGAGCUGCAUGGAUUGGCGGUAUAAUUCUUUUGCAAAGCAUUUCGUAUUUUAUUAUGAUAAUUCCUCAUCUGACGCAUCAGACCAAAGUUAUCGAAGAAACCGAAAACAUGACACAUAUGUCGAUAUACGCAGAUGAUAGCCGAGAUCUGUGUUUCGACGCUUCUUCUAGGAUUGUUGCAAAAGAGCAUGAGCCCUGUUAUUUCACAUUUUCAAUGAUCUUCAUUGUACAAAUUAUAUCUGGUAUUGCGAACAUUGCGUACUUUGCAUUGGGUAUAUCCUAUUUAGACGAUAAUACAAAGAAAAAACACAUAGCUGCUUUCAUUGGUGUUCUCAUUGCUGCGAAGAUUUUCGGUAUUCUUCUAGGAUCUAUCUUGGCGUGGAUAUGUCUCAGAGUCGACGCAGUGACUUUGAGCUUGAUAAAGUCCUACAGAGAACAAAUCGGCGCAUGGUGGUUAGGACUACCAAUUCUAACGAUACUACUCAUAGUUCCUGGUUUGCUUCUUUCAUGGUUCCCUCAAAUGCUACCAUCUGAGGUUGUCGAAAAAGCUGCUGCCUCGUUACUACAUAGUUCCAACAAUCAAAAUCGAACAUCUCGCAGAUUGAUUAACCAAAAAGUUGGUAAUUCCAAUUUCUGGCCAUCAGUCGGUAGACUGUUCAUUAAUAAAACUUUGAUUUGCCAAGUCGUUUCUUGUAGUCUUUACGUUAUGGCGAUUGUGCAUUUUAUUAGUUUUGAAAAUCUCAUUGCGCAAUCAAGAUUUCACGUACCGAAGCCAAGUGGGAUGUUACUCGGUUUCGAGGAUCCAGCUUCGUCAAGAUUAAUAUUAAAUAUCUUGAAACCUAUUCUAGUCGCCUUGGUCGUGAUCAUUUCUGGCCUAGUUAUUUCGAAGGCGAAACCUGGUGCUAAGUGUAUCAUUGGUUACAGUAUCAUCGUCGUACUUUUAGCAUCUGUAAUUAUUUUCUCAUUGUCUGCCUCAACUUGUGAGAAAAAGCCUAUUGUUGGUACCACUAGAAACGGAUCUCUCGUCCUGUUGAAGUAUUGUAACAGAAAUUGUGGCUGUUCGUAUGACGCUCAUUUUCGUCCAGUCUGCGAUAGCAAAGGCACCUUCGUCUUUUAUAGUCCUUGUCACGCUGGAUGCACUUCUUCCAAACUUAUAAAUGGUGUAACAAUUUACAGUGGUUGCAGCUGCAUAGAAGAAGAGAUGGGAAUGGGAGUGGAAGUGAUCGAUGGACCUUGCACUUCUACUAGUUGUCAAAAUAAUUGGAUACUUUUCGAGUCCGGAAAUCUCUUGACGUGCAUAUUAGUUGCAUCAACUUUCGUGGGAGAUAUAUUGAUAAUCUUGAGAUCAGUCAACACGCAAGACAAGGCUAUCGGCAUAGGCUUGUGGAUGACGUGCUUGGCUAUACUUGCGAAUAUUCCCGGAAAAAUUCUUUACGAUGUGAUUGCAAAUCUAACGUGCCGACAUUGGGGAACUCAAAGAUCUGUGUGCCAUCUCCAUGAUGGCUUGAAACUUGGCAACUAUCUGUGCUACAUGACAGGUUCACUAUUAGCUCUGUCUGUCAUAUUGAAAACCCUAGUGUGGUUCUUCUGCAGAGACUUGGAGCUUUAUAUUCAGAAAGACCAAGAACCAGCAGCGGCGACUGAAUUGAGAAAAUUGAUGCGCAAUCCUGACGUUGCGUCUAGUCAACAAGAGAAACAAACUAAGCCUGACCAUGAUAAUGACACGCCAGUUCGAGUAGAUAUCGCGAACGAGGAAUUGAAUAUAUCAACGAGGUCUCUAAAUGAAAGUCUGUCAAAGAAGAAUGAAGAAGAAGAGGAAGAAAAGAGUGAGGAAACAACGCUAAAGUAUGGUCCCAUCGGUCCUGGGGAUCGUCGAACGGACUCAAAAUCCUCACUGAAUCAAACGACGCAAAAUCGAAAGUCGAUGAUUCGAAAGUUAGAGUCGGAGGAUGAGUUAAGUUCUAGCGACGAAGAAAGUAAAAAAAAAGCGAGUCCAAAGAUAGCAUACAAGCCGUUGAAUCUCGAUUCCGAUGUAGAAAGUGAUUUAAGCAGCGUGGAGCCAAGAUCGCGGAAGCGUAUUAUGGGGAAGGACUAUGAUUCUGUUUAUACCAGCGAUCGCAGCUCUUCCGCGAAAAGCUCGCUCUUUAGACGUGAAUUUCCUAAUCCGGAUAACUACGGCGAUCCGAGACAAGCGAAACACAUAGAUGGUUCUUCGGAAACCAGCAGUUUCAAAUUCUCGAGAAAGAGGCAAGACGCUGAGGUACAGAAGAAGGGAGAUUUCAACGAAGUUGGUAUACCAAUAGUAGAUGUUCCUGUUUCGCGUGCUUCCGCGAAAGGUGUAAAAUCACUGAUUGAUCAAUACGAACUAAACGCUGAACAGCAAACCGAAGAAGGCGAAGAGUCCUUCAGAUCAAAUGAAAACGGAACUCACUUGGAAAGUAAAAUAGGGAUCCCGCUAGUAGCUAUGGCACCGAAAAGACCUCUCUCGAGGAGUCAAUAUUCAUCAGGGUUCGGCAGUUUAACGGAUAGUAAGAUUCCUGAAAAUCGAUCCGAAUCCCGCGAAAGCGUUAGCACGAAAGCAUCUAGUAAGGGCAGUAUAGGGACACUGCGCACUGAUCUCUGAUGUACAACUAUGUUACAUAUCAGUUCUCUAUUUUAAAAUUUUAUACGAAAAUCUAUAAAGACACUUUAUUUAUUUAAUACUUUUGGCUAGUUUUCUUUAUCUGUCGAAUCUUAAUUCUAUACAAUUAUUCAUAAACCAUUAAAACGUGAACUACCACGUAAAAGUAAGUUCUUUAAUCUUAAUGAAAUCAUAUGUUAUGAAAUCAUAUGUUGCAAAAAAUUUGUUCCACUGAAUUGUAGUUUCGAUUGGAAAGUAACAUACAUCUAAUUGAAUCUUUGUAGAAUAGAAGAAAUAUAAGUAAAUUAAUUGAAACACUUUUGUAGAAUAGGAGGAAUAUAAGUAAAUUAAUUAAAACACUUCUAAGUACAGGUAAAUAAGAAUUAAAGAGAGUAUUUUGUAUAUCAAAGAUAGUUUUAAGUAAAUAAUUUUGCCUGAAAUUUCCGAAAAAUGCUCAAAAAAUUAUUAAUAUCAUAAAAAUACGUUUUUUAUGACUUUUGAAGACUAAAUUCUUUGCAUUUAAAGAGAAAGAUGUGACUUAAGAAUAAUAUAAAAAUGUAUAAAGUAUAUCCUUCUAUUAGAAGGAGGAAGUAUAAUGCGAUGUGCAAAGAUAAAAUAUAAAUUUUUCCCAAACUUGCUUUCCAAAUUUUGCAAGGUCAGUAUUAUUUAUUAGCAUCAAAGUAUAUUUUUUUAGGAAAAGAAUAUAUUUUUCCUAUUAUAUCGUAUAAACAUAAACUAGUAGUAAAGUUCAAUCGUGUCUAAUUUUUUAAAACUAUCUUGAACGCCAAACAAGUGAUUAAGUUUUUAAAUAACAUUAACAGAGGAGUAAUUUUCGGAUAUUUAGAAAAAUAUGCAACUUAUAUUUUUUUAUUGGUAAUUAUCUACAUCGAAGGAAUGAAAACAGUUCGUUACACAAUACCAUUAUAACCACGACUGACAAAAACAGAUAUAGAAAGUACAAAUUUACAGGUAUCUAUAUAUAUAUAUAUAUAUACUAUAAGAAGAUUUAUAGGGGAAAAAUAUAACAGUCAGAAUUUCCAUAAAAUUCCAAUUCAAUUAAAUCGAUCGAUUAUUAAUGUUUACAUUACAAUGAAAAUUACAAUGUUUAGCUGUAGAACUCAAACGUAACUAACUCGAUCUAUUUCCACUGAUAAUGAAUUGGUGAAGAAAAGUGGAGCGGUUAAGAUAACAUACGGUCAGUUAUCCUAUCCUAAAGUAUCGUUACUUUAUUUUUAGUUUAAUUCUUCUGUGUUAUUGGAUUUUUUAGUACUCGACUGGAAAUUUAUAUCUACUAUCAAGCGAAAUGAUCAAGAUUACUGAUAGUCGAUAACAAAUUUAUGAAAUACAUUAAGUACAGGUUUUCUUCGUCUAAAAAUAUUAGAUGAAAUUAAUUUUUGUACUUCAUUAGAAUUUGUUAGAAAAUAAAUAUUCUAGAUUUAUGUUCAUGUAACACAUCUAUUUCAUAUUAAAAAAAAAAAAAAAACAAGUUGACUAAACACGGAUACGUAUCAAGAAAGACUGUAUGACCACAAUUAAUUUUAUAUAACACUGCCAACGACGAACGAAUUAAAAUAAAAUUAAAGAGUAAUCGGAAAAAUUAAAUUGUUGAUAUAUAUGACGAUGCAUUUCAUAUAUAUUCAUAUAAUUAAUAAUAAUAUCUAAAAUUAUAGUAAUUUCUUUAUUUAGAAAUAUUUUUAUAUAAACACUGUAUAAUAUGUCCAUUUUUAUUUAAUUUUAUGUAUUUCAGGCAGAAUAUACCUAACUUACCUUAAUAAACUAUUUUAUACACUGGUUAUGUAUUAAAAAUGUGACUCAACAAAAAUAUAAUAAAAAUCUUGACUCAGA